UCUUCGGAUUGUGAUUUUUCCUCCUUUAAGCAGCAACUCCCUCCGCAAGUAAACUCAAAUUCCUUCCAAUUUUCAGAGAGAGAGAGAGACGAAACGAUUUCUCAGUUCAAUCUUCCAAUCAUUGGAUUUUUCUUCAAUCGUUAAUCAUGGUGCUCGAGGCGACAAUGAUCUGCAUCGACAAUUCGGAGUGGAUGCGAAACGGUGAUUACUCGCCCAAUAGGUUCCAAGCUCUAGCAGACGCUGUUAAUCUAAUCUGUGGUGCCAAAACCCAGUCUAAUCCCGAGAAUACAGUUGGAAUUUUGACGAUGGCUGGUAAAGGGGUUCGAGUGUUAGUCACUCCGACUAGCGAUCUUGGAAAAAUCUUAGCUUGUAUGCACGGAUUGGAGAUAGGCGGUGAGAUGAAUUUGGCUGCUGGAAUCCAGGUUGCCCAGUUGGCAUUGAAGCACCGACAAAACAAGAAGCAACAACAAAGGAUCAUUGUUUUUGCUGGCAGCCCUGUUAAAUAUGACAAGAAGGUCUUGGAGAUGAUUGGGAGAAAGUUGAAGAAGAAUAGUGUAGCUCUUGAUGUGGUUAAUUUUGGUGAAGAUGAUGAAGGGAAAGCUGAGAAGCUAGAGGCACUAGUUGCUGCGCUUAAUACCAAUGACAGUAGUCACAUCAUUCAUAUUCCUCCUGGUCCUAAUGCUCUCUCUGAUGUUCUCAUAAGUACUCCUAUUUUCACUGGUGAUGGUGAAGGUGGCAGUGGAUUUGCUGCUGCUGCUGCAGCGGCCGCUGCUGGUGGAGUGUCUGGAUAUGAUUUUGGUGUAGAUCCUAAUUUGGAUCCGGAACUUGCUCUCGCACUCCGAGUUUCAAUGGAGGAAGAAAGGGCGAGGCAGGAAGCAGCUGCAAAAAAGGCUGCAGAAGAAGCUGGUAACCAAGAGAAGGGAGAAAAUCAGUCUACUUCCCAGGAUGUUGCUAUGGCUGAAAAUGUCAAUGCAGGAACUUCUGAGCCCGAAAGCAAAGCUACCGACCUAAUGGAUGAUGAGAAUGCCUUGUUACAGCAAGCCCUUGCAAUGUCGAUGGACGACUCGUCCUCCAAUGUUGCUACACGAGACACUGACAUGUCAGAAGCAGCUUCUGAAGAUCAAGACUUGGCACUUGCUCUUCAACUGUCUGUGCGAGACAGUACAAAUGAUCAGUCAAAUGAGACAGAUAUGAGUAAGCUGUUGGCAGAUCAGUCAUUUGUGUCAUCAAUCCUUGCCUCACUUCCAGGUGUUGAUCCAAACGAUCCUUCCGUUAAAGAUUUGCUUGCUUCCAUGCAAGGCCAGUCUGAGCAGAAGAAGGAUGAGGACAAUGAUAAGGAACAGAAAGAGGAAAAGAAGUAAAGAUGCGUACAACUAUUUGCAGCUCAGGCAAAGAAGUUCAGAUGGUAAUCAAGUAUGCUGCUGCUGAAAUUGCUCAUUGGAAUGGGUCUUAUUAUGUCUGUGGGAAAGGGAUGUAUCUCAUUAACUCUUGAGGGACUAAUUGAAUCGUUCUUUAAAAUAUACUGUUAUAAGAUUAUGGAACUCUCAGUUAGAUUGAUUUGUGGCUUCCAGAUGAUUUGUAUUUCUCUCUCAAAAAAUCAUGUUAAGGACAGAUCCUAGCAAACAAGAUGGUGUUUACCUUCAACUACACAGCCUUGUCUUUUGUGAAAAAUUAUGCGUCGC